UAAACCCUAGAAAACAAGGAAAAGGAGAAGGCCCCAAAGAGAUAUUUUCUUUUCCCACUUAAAAUAACCCAGUAGUAUCUGCUUCUCCACUAACUUCGCGCCUCUAAAACCCUUCUCCGUUCUGCUCCCCCUCUACUUCCUCUCGUCGUUGGUCGUCGGAGGCAGGCCGUCGCUAGCUGGCUUGCUCGGUUCGCGCUUCGACUGCGAGUCUGUCUUCGAGAUGCAUUCACUUCGUUCGAUCCCUGUUCAAGGGCUUGGUGAUUUGGUGGAAAACCGCGCUCUCCCGUACGUACGUGAUGUUUUCAGUUUCACUUUCUAGUGCCACGGCACUUUUGGAGAUGGCUUCAUAAGGUGCAUGUGAUUGGGGAACCUUUGCUUUCUGCACCUGUGUUCCUCCAAUUGAUCAUCAUGGGAGCUGCCGAAACUGUUGUGACUAAGAAGAUUUUGAAGAUAAAAUUUUCCACCCAGAAGGUUGAAGUUGACCCUGGGGCAAGUUCAUGUGGAUUGAAGCAGAAGUUGUGUGCUGAUCUUACUUCUCAAACUCGGAUGGGUACAUCAGAAAAUGCUAAAUUUGCCGUUUCGUGCUCUAAAAAGCGUGGCCCGUCAAUGGAUAUAGAUGGUCAUCCAUGUAAGAGAUGGAAAAUGGAUCGUACAGUAACACAGCAGUGCUUGGCUCUUCUGAAAGUUCUUGUUGGACAUCCAGACGGUUGGGUUUUCUCUGAGCCAGUGGAUCCUGUCAAACUUGCGAUUCCAGAUUAUUUCACUAUCAUAUCCCAUCCUAUGGAUCUAGGGACCAUAAAGUCCAAGCUGUCUAAGAAUGCAUAUGCGGGUGCUGAAGAAUUUGCAGCUGAUGUUAAAUUGACGUUUGAUAAUGCUAUGCUGUAUAACCCACCGAGUAACCCUGUGCAUCAGCAGGCCAUGGAGCUUCAUAAAAUUUUUGACACCAGAUGGAAUUUAUUAGAGGAUAAAUGGAGUUACGAAAUGUCAAAAUAUGGAAAGGCGAAAUUACGUGGUGCGCAUGUUAAGGGAAACGACUGUAUGAAACAGAACUGCCCCAGAACUCCACCUCCUUGCAAUGCUACUCUAUCUAGGAAGCCAUCAAAAGAGACGACGGAAAGGGGCUCUCUACAUGCCCAGGCUGUUGAGGUUAAGAAUGCCAAAGCUGCUGAUAACUGUGUACCGAAGUCCGUGAAAGGUCCUGGACAUGUGCAUGGUCUUGUCAAUUGCAAACCACCAAUGAGGAUAGUGGUUCGCAAAUGUGGUACUUGUGGCAAGGGCCCCUGUGGAUGUAGCCUUCAGAUGAAUUCAGUUAAUGCAUUGUCAGAUGCAUCCAUUGCUGGAGCAUUUAGCAGGGAUCUUUCCCAAAGCACUGAUGCCAGAACAGUGGACUAUCCGCCAGAGGUUAUCUCGAUUUCCCUGAUGAGCAGGUCAGAUCCAGAUUCUGAUGGUGAGGUCUUUAUCCCUUUUCUACUCAGAAAUCAUGCACCUCACCACUUUCGGUGACUGAUUGUGUGAUGGAACUUGGAAAAGGUGCCGUGAGUGCUUUAGAUGAAGACAAUUUAUGUCCUAGUUCGGAGCUUGUAAUGCCUAUUACGGAUGCAACUUCUGGAGAAGAUUGGAGAUCUCAUGUUGCUGAAGCACAUCAAAUGUCACCGAAAAGAGCCCUACGUGCUGCAAUGAUUAAGGAACGAUUUGCAUACACAAUUCUGAAGGCAAAGCAUAAUACGCUUCUUGAUCAUGUAAUUCGUAGUCUCCUCUUCUACCUCCUCCCUCUUUUUCAUGUGCUUAUUGUGUACAAGUCCUGAUCAAGCAGUUGUUUGCUGUAAUCUAAGUCUUCGCUCAUGGUUUAUCCUAACAUCCCAUUAUUCAGGGUGACAAGGCUGAAUCAAUAAAGAUGAAGCGGGAAAAGGAGAGGUUGGAAAGGAUGCACCAUGAAGAGAAAACAAGAAUUGAAGCCCAGAUCAAAGAGGCUGAAGCUGCCUCCCAGAGGCAACACGAGAUGGAAUUGAAGGAGCGAAGGCAACGGGAAAGAGAAGCCGCCCGGGUUGCAGUGCUGAAGGUUGAGAGAAGUGUUGAGAUUGAUGAGAACAAAGAAGUACUGAGAGAACUCGAGGAUCUAAGUGGGUGCAGGCUGUUGUUAGUCAGUCCAAGAGUGGGUGAGAGAGCAUACAGAGUAAGAGAAAGUGAAGGAGGAUGUGGCUUUGAAAGCCCCUUGAGCCCACUGGAGCGAUUAGGUCUGUUCUUCAAGGACGACGAGACCGACAAUGUGGAUGAGUUGUUAGAUGGUGAUGUCGAGGACGGCGAGCUGUUGCCUUGAAAAAGCCUGCAGUCCAAAAUGAUUCCUGCUUGUGUUCCAUAUUAUUUUUUCCUUCUUUCCUGAGCUGCCUCCUGUUAAUAAAAUAUCUUUUGCAGAGAGGAAAGGGGAAGUUUUGAUUGAUUGUAAAUGAGUAUAAUUUUGUAGUCGUUGGUUAUAGAUUAGGUUGGUUCUGUAGCGUGCACAAGUUGCACUUGUGAUGGAAUGGGUUGAAGAAUAGGUUCGGUUCGAUUCGUUUAACGUCCAGUUAAGUUAACUGAAGUUUGAUGCUGGAUCUUGUUGCCCCUAGUCGAGAGUUCUUUUGGAACGAAAUUUCUGAUCUCUGGUUUUAACCGGCUAUAUCUCGGAUGUGGAAAAUGGAUAUUGAAGAUACAAGAACUGAAC